GCGUCAGAUGAUGCCCCCCCCCCUCAAGCUUUAAUCAUCAAAACGCUUUGUAAAGAACGGACACAUGGACGCCGCUAUUGUAAAUAUGCGCUGCACAUAUGAAUGCAGUCAUUGUUUGAUUGGAUUGAGCCGGCCAACUAACAUUGGCGCAGGAAAUGUGCUUGCAUUUCCCUUCAUUGCUCCGAAAAGGAUGAUUUCUUGAUUGCGAGAGCUCUUUGUUCAUCUCUACCGAUCGUGACAGGCAGAACAACUCUUUGCUCUUUCUGUGCGCCGUCAGCCAUUUCCGUUGUGGAAAAGAAAAAGGCUCCUUUGCUUGUAUUGUAAAAAAGCGGAGUUGGGUUGGGAGUUUGCCGGCUCGCUCCUUGGAAUUCCGCGCACAUGCGAAAUCCGAGGAUGAGGAGGGGGUUCUGGCCCGCUCCAGCGAGUCCAGUUGGCUCGACGCGGACACCGGGAGGGGCGGGGCCAGAGCGGCUCGAUCCCGCAGCCGCGCGGUCGCUCGUCUAUUCAUCGCAGGAACCAGUUUCCACCCUCCGCGACCUCCAUCAUCCAAGGACGACCGCCACGGCACGGCACCGAGCCUCAUCCUUCGGGCCGCAUGACAGCGCUACGCUCAAGUGUUUACAACAACGCGGAGCCUUUGGAUGGGCCCGGAUCUGCCAGGACUCCUUUUUGGUGUCCAUAUUCUCAGCGCCUUACGGACGGGAGAAUCCUACCCCGAACACGCUCGUCAGUUGUUUCAUGAUGAAGAUCGACAGCAGCCUGAGCGCGCCGCAGCCGCCCGAGUCCUUGUCCCAGGCCGGCCUUCAGUUCACCGUGGCCACCGAGGAGGACUUUGACGACAUCAUGGCCAUAAGCCAGGACAUCUACGGAGGCCUGGACUACCUGCCCACCAGGUACAGCAGCUGGCUGCAGGAAACCAACCGCACAGUCAUCCUGGCACGAAAACAGGGAAAAGUGAUUGCCCUGGAGUCGGUAUGCGUGAUUGACGAAGGCGAGACCAUGCUGGUGGAGGGUCUCCGCGUCGCCCCCCAGGAAAGGGGCAAGGGCGUGGCGGGAGUCCUGCUGCGCUUUUGCUGCGAGCUGGUCAAGUCCAAAUACCCCGAGGUGAAAGUCACCCGCCUGACCCGCGACGAUCGGCUCGGGCCCAAGGACUUCCAGAAGUAUCGCAUCGUAACCAAGCAGGGCAUCCUACUGGUGCGUUUCCGAGCCGAGGACCUCAAGUGCCGGCUUUCGGACCUCGGCGGAGGAGGAGAAACCCAGCCGGAGUCCGCCUCGUUGCCAAACGCUCCCCCGAUCCGCCUGGACCAGGGCGCCGCCCGUCGGCUCUUUCUGGCUAGCGACUUGAUGCGGGGGGUCCUCCCGAACGCCACCAUCAUUCAAGAUUGGCAGCCUUUCAAGCCCGUGCCCGGUAACAUGGCCAUCCUGAUGAAGAAAGAUAUCGACUGGAUGGUGGAUGACGCAUCCAAGCCGAGCGUGGGAAGCCUGUGUACUUUCCCCUUUAGGGUCCCCAUUGGAGAAGACUGGUACUACCUGAACAUCGACAUGUUCGGCAAAGACCUGGAUCUGGUCCGCCGGCAGUUCCUGAGCCACCUGCAGCGCCACACGGCCACCUUGAAGGGUCACGUCAUGUGCCAGAUGUUCCUGGACCCGCCCUUGUGGAAGCCCAUGGCUGACUUUUGCUGCCACGCCCUGAGCGUGGAGCUGGUGAAGGAGUACACGGAGCAAUGCGUGGUGGAGUCCGACGUCGUGUAGCAGAGAAGCUCAAGGGAACGGACGCGGCCAGUUUGGGAUGUUGAGGGAAUGGAGAUCAAACCGACUAACUCUACUAGAUAAGCACCGCACGUCUACGCCCUAUCGUGUGACGCCAAUAGUUAUAAGAAGCAGUAUUUGAUGUUUUGUGUUUGGUUUUUUUUUCAUAGCGAGUGGAUGACUGAACGCUUGAUUGUUUUGUUUUUUUUGUCACCCCAUAAGCUCACAUUCGGGUUGAGAGUCAUGCAUCGGCGGAGGCCGUCUCAUCUCGCAAUCGCGACACGGCAACAGUGCAAUCGGCUUACGAGUCCGCGCGCAUCUCUGAAGGCACUUUAAAUUCACUUUCGACAGAAUCCCAGCAACUACGAAGAUCAAACUGACAUCCAUUAUCUGCUGCGUGACUGCUCUUAACUGUAAAUAUAUACACACACCAGUAUGUUACUAAUUCCCUAUUUUUGCCAAGUGCAAAAACAAACUCUCUAAGCUGCGUGUGACGUGUUUUUCUUUGUAGGUGGCUAUUCUGAUGGCAAACCAAAUGCUUGAUCGCAAGUCGGAUCAUGGAUGAUGUAAAAUGUAAUUACUAAUACCUCAUGUCGGUGUGGGUUGUUUCGCAAGAAUAAUGACAUUUGGAUGUUGAAGAAUGGGAACACCAAGACUUAUUGAUACUAUUGUUUCGAGUAUGACAUCAGACAUACGAUUGGAACACACGAACCACCUCGGUGGUACACGAGAAGAGAGAGAAUCUCAGUAUUUUUCUUGGACCUCUUGUCAGAAAGUGUCAAAUGACUUUUAAGCCACUGGACUGGUUUAUGAUGAAUUGACAGACACAAACGGUACGGUCACCGUCUCAUCAAAGGUAUGCGCUCCGUCUCGAUGCUUUUCAUUGAAAGUUUAAAAAGGAUAUUUUAGCUCAUACAAAUGUAUGAAUUCACAUACGUUCGUUCAGGGAGGCUCCCAAAUGCAACUUGGGUUUUAACCAAAGAAGGUCACAAAUCAUUGGAAGAACUUGCGCGCCAUGGAUGCUAGAUCAGGGGUCGCCCCCCCCCGAGGACCACACGAGUAACCCCUGGGCCUGUUCUAAAAAUGGCUCACAUUGUGAUUUCCUAGGAACGCUGUAGAAGUCAACAUUUGGAAAACUGCAAACACUUGCAGAGACGUAUCGAAGUGUUGCAUACGGACCGUUAUCGCUUUCCUACCUUGUUAAAUCGUCGUCGGUAAUUGAUCGGUGUCUCCGCAUAGAUGAAGAUCAAUAAUUCUGAACGAUAACCCAAUUCAAAAGGUCCUUUCAACGCAUUUGAAAUCCGUAACUUAGAAGUAGCUCCCAGUUUCAAAAGGGUUGAAACGAGAUCUCGUCACACCGUCGAGCCCAAAUGCACGUGAAUGAGCCACGCAUUGAAACCAAGCAAGUGACCCGCAUACCGAGUCAGGUGAUGAGACGCCGAGCGACUACGUCACAAAUGAUCUCACGUUAUUUUGCUUCUGUGUGGUGGUUUGUUUUUGUUUUUUUUUUUUUGAAUAUGCUCUCCACUCACAUACGACUCGGGAGAUAUCGAACCCCGAUUGACCCUUUAUGCAAGUGCCAUACUCCGACAAACUAUUUUCUCAAUCCUAAUAUGAAAAGUGUGCCGUUGCAUACAAACACUGACACCGCUUUGUGCGACCAUACAGCACUUUGCUCAAUCAUGGACUAUUAUAUGGACCGUGUGUAUGUGUGUUUAACCAAGCCAUUGCGUUGUCAUGCACUUUAGUCGUCCGUGGCAAUAACGUCGGAGUAGCGUCUUUACCUUCAAUUUGUCAUCUCGCGGGAGUGCAGACGAGCCCUGAAGAACCGACGGGAGGAUGUCGUCAUGACUGAUGCUCGCUCGUACAUUAUACAUAUACAGUACAUGCAUUGUAUUUUUGGAAGCGCCCAUUUAACUAUAGACUAUACUGUGUAACAGACAUGUGCUCAUGUGACAUGCAAACUACGACCAGUGUUCAGAAGAUAGUGAACAUCGAGUUGUCUCGUGUGUACGGAUGCCGUGGAAAAGCGGGAGCAUUUGGGGGAGAGCAUGAACAAAACUUCCUUCCUCAUUGAAGUCUUUCUCAAGAUGACGAACUUGCCUGUGCUCGCUUGCUUCGAAUCAUUACAUUGGACUGCUGAAAAGCCACCAGCAUCGACAUGCUCGCGGCUCAACGCCGCUCAAGUCACCCGUCACUUCAGUUUGAUAGAGUCGUGUAUUUUUGAUAGCCGAACGGACCUACAGUAUAUUUGGAUAGUUCAUGUUCAAACCUCCUGUCUUGAAAUAAACCCUGUGUGCAGCAAAGUCAAA